AUGAAGCUGAGAAAGAUGAUCAGUUGGAUGAGGCUGAAAGCACAAAUUCAGGCUUCCCGUGGACAAUUCAAGCCAGCAGUGGAAUCUUUUCGGGUUUUGCUUGCGACCAUUCAAGCAAAGAAGGAAGUCUGGAAAUCAACCACUUGUAGUGAGGUUAAAUCCCUACAUAAGUUAGAGAUGGACGCAUGGUUAGAUUUGGCGUCAAUAUACACAAAGCUUGAGGCAUGGCAUGACUCAAACAUCUGCCUUGACAAAGCCAGAUCCAUCGAUUUCUUUUAUCCCAUUCCGAGUUGGUCAGAGUUUUCAUGUCCUCUGGACAUCAAGAAAAUGGGGUUGUCCCUGAAACUUAAUAAUACAGUACUACUAUACCGGUCUUCAGUUGGAGGGUCAAUCCUUGCACCAAGAAGCCCUGAUGGCGUUUUCAUUCGCCCUUUCGAUCAAUCCAGAUUACGUCCCAAGCAUGGUUUCUAUGGCAGGAAUUCUACGAAAUCUAGGAGGGAACGGAACUCGUUAUCAAUCGCAAGAACUUUCUUGCGCAACGCCCUCCGUUUAGAGCCUACAGGCCAUCGAGCCCGGCUGGAUCUUGGACUUGUCCUGAAAUCUGAAGAAUCACUGCUCGAGGCUGCGGACUGCUUCCAGGGAGCAUACGAGCUCAGAGAAUUGUCACCGAUUCAGGACUUCUCCGAGCAGCUUCCCAUCAUGCUGCAUUAG